CGGCAGGCGGCGGAUCGGCCUGUAGACGCAGCAUACACGCACCCACCAUUUAUUCCAUCAAUCCUUCCGGCCAUGCGCCGGCGACGCACCAGGAGCCCCGCCUGCCCUGGCCGUGACCGGGACGGGCGCUGGACAGAAUGCCGCGGGUUGGGACAAUUCGUGGUGAUUGUGGCGGCGGCGGUGCGAGUUCGCGCGCCUUUUUAGAGAUUUCUUUUCCCCCGUCGUUUGUCGAGCCAUGCAUGGCCUUCUUUUGCCUUGGUUUGAGCUUCACCCCCCGCGCCUCCGCGUAUAGUACGAACCUUGAUGUCUGACGGGACGGACCCCGACAACCUGAGAAAGGCUCCGCAAGCAUCGAGGGACCCGAUCCGACCAGACCCGACGCCGUGAUGCUUCGAAGCCCGCGGGCCACCGCCUCGUCAGGGCAGUCCGCCAUCAAUAGUGAGGUAUAGUACCUCCAUCGUGCGUACUAAUGAGGUGGACAGAUGGACGUCGGUGGAGGGUCCCCGUCCUGGGCUCAUAGCUGGCUUGGCCCCCCGCUGCCGCCGCUGCUCGUCAUCGAAGUACCCCCCGGUCUGGCACCUCAGAGUCACGGGCGGGCCCACCCACUGAAACAACCACCCAACCUGCUGCCGCUGGGCAGGGCAGGGCCCCCGACAGGGCUCUCCAGGCCUGCCAUCGCUGCGGCUCGGCCAAUUGCCGCUGCGUCAUCGUCCCACCCUGCACCAACCCGGCCCCCACCGUUAGCCGUUCCCGGCACGCACGCACGCAGUGGACGCUUCGGGCCAACAAACCUAACACUAGCCCAGAGCUCUCUGCAUCUUGCCCGCAGCAGCCUCGACCGGGCCCGUGUCUCUCCAUCCCUCCAGCAAUCAACAAGCCCCGACGCUUCCCACCCGCCCCCCGCGAGGCCGCACCGGGUUUUGCGCAACCCAGGCUCACCGUACCGACAGACCGCCGCCACGACAAUCCCCUCCUCCUCCUCGUCACCCUCCUCGCGCUCUGUCCCUUCUACCCUCUGGGAGGGGGCCCAUUCGACGCGCGACCGCGGCACGACCCCGAGUUUCGCUGGUCAGCUCCAUAGGUAGCUCCCCAGCUGCGACGCACUGCAGCCUCGUCGCCACCUCCGUCAUCGCGCACGCGGGGACAAGAGCAACCGAGAAAGGAAGGCGAAAAAAAAUUUGCGGAAGAAAAAUUACAACACAGCAAACCACGACAUUGGACAUGCGGAGAAGAGGUGGCUCGUCUGGCGGCGUCGCCAGCUUGCGUCCCGCCGUGCUGGGAGCCGGACGGCUGCUGGGCAUGGGCUUCUCGACCGUCGCCGCCGCGCCGCUGUCAAAGAGCGGGCACGGCGGCGGCGAGGACGGCGAGGGCCAGCCGCUGUGGGUGCUCGGCGUGGCCUCCAUGGUGCUCGUCCUGCUGGGCGGCGCCUUUGCCGGCCUGACGAUUGCCUUGAUGGGCCAGGACAGCAUCUACCUCCAGGUCGUGUCGGGCGACCCAACGGAGCCGCAGCACAAAAACGCCGGCCGCGUGCUCCGCCUGCUCAAGAAGGGCAAGCACUGGGUGCUGGUGACGCUGCUUCUAGCCAACGUCAUCGUCAACGAGUCGCUCCCCGUCGUCCUUGACCGAACCCUCGGCGGUGGCGUCGCGGCCGUCGUCGGCUCGACCGUGCUCAUCGUCAUCUUUGGCGAAAUCGUCCCCCAGUCCAUCUGCGUCCGCUACGGCCUGCCCAUCGGCGGCUACAUGUCCAAGCCGGUGCUGGCGCUCAUGUACCUGCUCGGCCCCGUGGCGUGGCCGACGGCCAAGCUGCUCGACUGGAUCCUCGGCGAGGACCACGGCACCGUCUACAAGAAGAGCGGGCUCAAGACGCUCGUCACGCUGCACAAGUCGCUCGGCGAGCUGUCGGAGCGCCUCAACCAGGACGAGGUGACUAUCAUCACCGCCGUGCUCGACCUCAAGGACAAGCCCGUGUCCGAGGUCAUGACCCCCAUGGAGGACGUCUUCACCCUGGCCGAGGACCACAUCCUCGACGAGAAGACCAUGGACACGAUCCUCUCGUCGGGCUAUUCGCGCAUCCCCAUCUACCGCGCCGGCAACCCCACCGACUUUGUCGGCAUGCUGCUCGUAAAGACGCUCAUCACUUACGACCCCGAGGACCGCAUCCCCGUCCGCGACGUCCCGCUCGGCGCCAUUGUCGAGACGCGCCCCGAGACGAGCUGCCUCGACAUCAUCAACUUUUUCCAGGAGGGCAAGUCGCACUUGGUGCUCGUCUCCGAGUUUCCGGGGUCCGACAAGGGCGCCCUGGGCGUCGUGACGCUCGAGGACGUGAUUGAGGAGCUCAUUGGAGAGGAAAUCGUGGACGAGUCGGACGUGUACGUGGACGUGCACAAGGCCAUCCGCCGCCUGACGCCCGCCCCCCGCGCGCGGCGUGUCCACGGCCACUCGGAAGUGGCCACGGCGGCCACGGCGGCGGCCCUCGCGGCCAAGAACCGGGGCGACAUCCUCGUCGACAUCGCCGAGCACCCAGACGGGCAGUCGGUGACGGUGGGGUCGCUCGGCGCGCAGAGCGACUCGGGCGCACACGAGCAACAGCAGCGGCCCAAGACGGCCAUUUUCAUGAAGCGACGCAGCUCGACCGGCCCUGACGCCCUGACCAACGGCGGGGACGGCGGCGGUGGCACCGGGGGUGGUGGUGGCACCGUCCCCGUCAAGGCGACGCUCAACGACAUGAAGCAACAGCAGCUGCGCCUCGGCCCCGCCAACCUCGCCUCGCACCCGCGCAACAUGACGCGCAACAACGUCUUCAAGAUCAAGCAGGGCCUCACCGUCACGACGCUCGUGCCCGCCGACACCAACGGCAAGCCGGGCCAGCCGCACCAGCACCCGCCGACGUCCAAGCCCGUCGAUGGUGAUACGACGGCGGCAGCGGCGGCGACGGCGACGAUACCUGACGAAAGCGAGACGGCGCCGCUGCUGAGUGGCGUCAACGGCAACGGCAACGGUAACGGCGAGGGGUACGGGUCCGACGCGAGCAAGGGCAAGAAAAAGGUUGCGGACAGGAAAUGAACGACUAAAGGGAAGGAAAGCUUGAUCAUGUAAUUGUAAUCGUGUAAAACGUCACCAGUCCAGCGCGGACGGUCGCAAAAAGUACAGCGCCAGAUGGUCUACUACUGUAUACGUGGUAGAUUGGCGGGAUUCUAGGCAGCAACGCAAGGCGCUCGGCCUGGUCUACGUUGUCGUCGUCGUCGUCGGCUACGCAUACGUACUUUUUCUAUUCUUCCCCUUCCUCUCUGUCUAUGCGUCCCUGCCCUACUAGUCGUACCAGAUAGCGUUCAUGCCAAAGCCCG